CUCUCUGUUUUGCUUUUCUUUUCUUUGUUUAAUGAGAAUUUUCAGUUUUUUUUUUUUCAUGGAAAUAUGAGCUUUGAGUGUUAUUAUAUGAGCUUAUUCUUGGUUGGUGGCACAUUAGAAUGAGAGGAGCAAUGGGAAAUUCUGCUGGUUCUGUCGAGGCAAGACAUCGAUUAUCGGCUUCCAUUGAAGACAUAUACAAGAGAAGAGUGCAGAAAAGUAAAGUGAAAGGAGGCGAAAAGCCGUUCCACUUAUCAAUCCAUGACAGGAAUUCUUGCUGCAAAUUGCCUCUAUUGAAACUUGUUUUGGUUAUCAUAAUGUGUGGCACUUUAGUGACGCUCCUCUACUCUCCUGACGUUUAUUCUAACAAUCAACUAUCUCCCUCGAAUUCUCGGCCAAGUUUUGUGAACAGGUGGAUAUGGGGAGGAUCAGAUCCUCGAUACGUUUCGGAUUUAGAUAUCGACUGGGAUGAUAUUAUGAAAGUUAUUGAGAAGCUGAGUGAAGAGAAUGACUAUCGAGGAAUUGGUCUUUUAAAUUUUAACAAGAGCGAAAUCAAUACAUGGAAGCAGUUUAUACCUGAUGCCAAUCACACUGUGCUGAGCCUGGACUAUGCUGCAGAAAAUGUGACUUGGGAUUCAUUAUAUCCCGAAUGGAUCGAUGAAGAGGAAGAGAAAGAUGUUCCUGUUUGCCCUUUUCUUCCGAAGAUUGAAGCCCCGAGGAAGAGAAUUGAUCUCAUCGCUGUUAAACUUCCGUGUAGAAAUGAAGGGAAUUGGUCUAAAGAUGUGGCUAGAUUACACUUGCAGCUCGCAGCAGCCGGUCUUUCAGCUUCUGAAAAAGGCUCUUAUCCUGUGAAUUUGCUUCUCGUUACCAAGUGCUUUCCGAUACCAAACCUGUUUACUUGCAAGGAACUUGUGAUUCGCGAAGGACACGUAUGGUUAUAUAAACCAAACUUGAAUGUUCUGACACAAAAACUUCAGCUUCCCGUUGGAUCUUGUGAACUUGCACUUCCACUCAGAGAUAUAGGCGGGGACUACACAGGGAUCGCCAAGCGAGAAGCAUAUGCAACAAUUCUCCAUUCUGCUCAUGUUUAUGUGUGUGGAGCCAUUGCUGCUGCACAAAGCAUCCGUAUGUCAGGCUCCACCCGGGACCUUGUAAUUCUUGUCGAUGAGACGAUCAGUGUGUACCACAGGAGUGGCCUCGAGGCAGCUGGGUGGAAAAUCAGGACAAUACAAAGGAUCAGGAACCCAAAAGCUGAGAAAGAUGCCUACAAUGAAUGGAACUACAGCAAGUUCAGAUUAUGGCAGCUCACAGAUUAUGACAAGAUCAUUUUCAUCGAUGCAGACUUGCUAAUACUUAGAAAUAUUGACUUCUUAUUCGGUAUGCCUGAAAUUUCUGCAACCGGAAACAAUGGCACAAUGUUUAACUCUGGUGUUAUGGUUGUUGAGCCCUCAAAUUGUACAUUCCAGCUUUUGAUGGAUCACAUUAAUGAGUUCGAAUCCUACAAUGGCGGUGACCAAGGAUACUUGAACGAAGUUUUUACAUGGUGGCAUCGCAUUCCAAAACACGUGAACUUCUUAAAGCAUUUCUGGAGUGGUGAUGAGGAAGAAGUAAAGCAAAAGAAAACUAGACUCUUUGGAGCUGAGCCUCCAGUUCUCUAUGUUCUUCACUACCUUGGUUUGAAACCAUGGUUGUGCUACCGCGACUAUGAUUGCAACUGGAAUGUCGACAUAUUACAAGAGUUUGCCAGCGAUGUUGCGCACGAGAAGUGGUGGAGAGUGCAUGAUGCUAUGCCUGAGCAGUUGCAGCAAUUCUGCCAGUUGAGGUCUAAGCAAAAGGCACAACUAGAAUGGGACCGAAGGCAAGCCGAACUGGCGAACUACACAGACAUGCAUUACAAAAUCAAAGUGGAGGAUCGGCGUAUGAAGAAAUGCAUCGACAAACUAUGUAACUGGAAGAGCAUGUUACGCCAAUGGGGCGAGACUAAUUGGACAGAUGAUGAGUCUCUUACUCCAACACCACCUGCAAUCACCACAGAAUCUCUUUCAGGAUUGUGAGUUGCAGUCUCUAUUUUUGUGACCACAUUCUUGCCUUCAUCACACACUAGAAAAAUUUGAUAAUGGCGUCAUUUCGCCUCUCUUUCGCUUUCGUGUUAACGCAUAAAUUGGUCACAUCCAUGUUAUAGCUAUCUUGUAAAAGAGAACGGUUUUGGUUUUCCUCCAAGAUGUAAUAUGUAUUAAUUCUAGUUGUGUUCUGUUUCAUUAUAGUGAGGUAUAAAUUUUCUAUGACUUUGCAAUGAAA